AUGAGCUGCCUGGAUGUGAUGUAUCAGGUGUUUGGUCCUCAGCCGUAUUUCAGCUCCUACAGCCCCUACCACCACCAGAAACUGGCUUUGUAUUCCAAAAUGCAAGAGGCGCAGCCGGAGAGCAGCAGUCGCCUGGGCUCCGGGGGGCCCCCACACAUCAAAGAGGAGGACAAGGAGCUGCCGCCGGGGGCCGAGUACCUGAGCGCCCGCUGCGUGCUCUUUACGUACUUCCAGGGAGACAUCAGUGCAGUAGUCGACGAGCACUUCAGCCGAGCGCUGAGCCAGAGCAGCUACAGCACGCCGCACAAGAGCCGAGACGGCACGUUCCCAAUGAGCCAGAGGAGUUUCCCGCCCUCGUUCUGGAACAGCUCCUACCAGCCCUCGGUGUCCUCGGCCCUGGGCAGCGCUCUCUCUGCGUCCCACACCGAGCUGUCCUUCCCAGGGGACCCCUACUCGUCCGCCUCCCUGCACCCCCACCUGCACCAGCCCGGCCCGGACUCGUGGCACUCCUCCCACCACCACCACCACCACCACCCCUACUCCCUGGGGGGCGCCAUAGCAUCGCAGGGCUCGGCUUACUCUCGGCCAGGUGUGCAUGAGAUGUACGGGGCUAGCUUUGACCCCCGCUAUGGCCCCCUGUUGAUGCCCUCCGUCCGGUCGCACCACCGCCUGGCCUCCAGUAGCUCUGUGCCCGGCCCAAGCGCCUCGCCCUGUGAGCUGGGGGCCAAGGGGGAGUCGGGGGCCGCGUCAGCCUGGAGCGGGACCUUUGCUGGGGCGGGGGACAUCGGACUCAACAUGGACUCAGGUCUUCCGGCGCAGGAUAAGACCAAGGAGUUGUACUGGUUUUGA